AUGGCCGACUGGUCGCAGCUCAAAGUUGUCGACCUCAAAGCAGAGCUCAAGAGCCGCGGUCUGCCCUAUGCCGGUCUCAAGGCGGAGCUAGUUGCGCGACUGGAGGCUGCCGACGAACAGGCCGCGCAGCAGGAAGGCGAAAAUGCAUCGGAAGAGCAGAAUAAGCCAGCAGCUGUCGAACCGGAUGCCGUUGAAGCCGCGCAGCCCUCUCUCACGAAAGAUCGUGAUCCAUCCCCCGAGGAGACAGCCGAUCAAGGCCAGGAAGCCAAGCCUGCGCAGCCAAUGGAGGAUCACCCUGCGCUUCCAGCUCCCGCUGAGCCUGAGUCAACCGCGCCGGUCUCUGAGAAACCUUCCGAAGCUCCAGAAGGCGAUGCUGGUCAGGAUCGUGAGGCGACAGCCGCCAGUCGCCCGCCAACUGGCAACGAGCAGCCCCUCGAACGAACUGCCUCCCCAACCCCCCAAGAACCCGCACAAGAACCCUCGCAGGAGCCCUCACGGGUGCCCACACAUGAGCCUACUGAAGAGCUUUCUAUCGAACCAACGCCAGAAGCCCAGAAGCGCAAGCGACGCUCUGAUAGCCCGCUACCUACCGAAGAAGAUAUAGCACAGAAGCGUGCACGUGUUGAUGAAGCCCCUGCUGCAGACGAAACGAGCGCCGAUAUUGAUAUGACCAGUGUCUCGCGCGAAGAACAAUCCUCCACCGUGGCAGACGUUCCGCCCGUCGAGAUGGAGAGGAGCGUGGAGCCGGCGCUGCACGCGCCUACUACCGCGAUCUACAUUAGCAACCUGAUGCGCCCAUUGCGCCCCGAUGAUCUCCAGAACCAUCUCGUCAGCCUUGCCGCCACGCAUGAUUCUAACAAGGGAAAGGACGCCAUUGCCAGAUUCUACCUGGACCAGAUCCGUACUCAUGCCUUUGUUGCAUUCGAUUCGGUAGCCACCGCCCAACGAGUUCGCACUGCACUCCACGACACCGUCUGGCCUAAUGAAAGCAACCGCAAGGCGCUUUCGGUAGACUUUAUCCCCCCUGAGAGAGUCGACGAAUGGAUCGAGACGGAAGAAGCUGGCGGUAGACGGUCGUCAAUCCGCUGGCAGGUGGCUUAUACGGAUGGACCUUCUCGUGGGACAGUCCAGGCCGCAUUGGUAGAAUCUACGUUUACAUCGAGAGCAGGACAACCAGAACGACCUGCCCCUGCUGGACCGCCGCCGCCACGUAUGGGCCUCGGAAGUGCCAAUGCUAUGCCCAUUGGCCCUCGGGCGCAUCGCGGCCAUCGCGAGGAUGAGGGCGAGGAUGAUCGUGCCCGAGGAAGGGAUCUUGAGGGUGACCGCAGCCGACAAUGGGAUUCUGAGACGAUGCGCCCGCCACCCACCGGGCCACGAGGCAGGCGUGCAGGUCCGCGUUCCACCGCCAGCUCUUUGGACCAUGUUGUUGAAAGCACCAAAGCCCGCCCUCACAUUCCAUACCAGGCCGUAGCCGAGAGUGUCGCUCGCCGCCGCCUGGACAAUAUAUCGGUCUACAGAAAUGAGGACACAAGCUCCCACUUCAACUCUAACCGCUACUCCUUCGAGGGCGGCGACAACUUUGUGGAUCGAGGCCGCGAGAUUUUCGAAGGCAUUCGACCUCCUCAUCGCGAAGCAGAGCGCCGUGGUGGACGCGGAAGCGGUCCUCGGCAGCGACGAGCAUCACCCCACUUUCGAUCCCGGGGCGAUCGAUAUGUUCCCAGCAAUCAAGGCUCCAGCCGUCGCUCUGGCAGCGGCUAUCCUGCGAGUAGCUGGGACUAG